CAACCCAGGCUCCCGCCCCGCCCGUCCAGCUCUCCCGCUCGUCGGUUCCCGCGGCGGCGGCGGCGGCUGCCUGGUGACAGCGGCGGCGGCACCAGGCCGGCCGGAGUAGCGUAGGGUGGUGCGGCCCGGAGACGAACCCCCGGCCAAAGGGCGGCGUGGCGCGAGGAAGGCCCGACCUGGGUCGCGCGUGAGGAGACCUCGCGGGCGCCGGGCGAGAGGCCGGCGUGAGGGAGCGCCCAGGCGGUAGCCGCCGGCUUCCCGGUCCCGCCUGCCGUCGCCGGCAUGAGCCACAUCCAGAUCCCGCCCGGGCUCACGGAGCUGCUGCAGGGCUACACCGUGGAGGUGUUGCGGCAGCAGCCGCCCGACCUCGUCGACUUCGCGGUGGACUACUUCACCCGCCUGCGCGAGGCCCGCUCCGGAGCCUCCACCCCGUCUGCCGCCCCUCCUUCCGGCUCCCAGGGUCCAGAGCCCGGCCUUGGCCUUGUCGCCGACGCGAUCGCGGACAGCGAGUCGGAGGACGAAGAGGACUUGGACGUUCCAAUUCCUAACAGAUUUGAUCGGCGAGUAUCAGUCUGUGCUGAGACCUAUAACCCUGAUGAGGAAGAGGAAGAUACUGAUCCAAGGGUGAUUCAUCCUAAAACUGAUCAGCAGAGGUGCAGACUGCAGGAAGCUUGCAAAGACAUUCUUCUUUUCAAAAAUCUUGAUCAGGAACAGCUUUCUCAAGUCCUUGAUGCCAUGUUUGAAAGGACAGUCAAAGUUGAUGAGCAUGUCAUUGACCAAGGAGAUGAUGGGGACAACUUUUAUGUAAUUGAACGGGGAACCUAUGAUAUUUUAGUAACAAAAGAUAAUCAAACCCGCUCCGUUGGUCAGUAUGACAACCAUGGCAGUUUUGGAGAACUAGCUCUGAUGUACAACACCCCGAGAGCUGCUACCAUUGUCGCCACUUCAGAAGGCUCCCUUUGGGGACUGGACCGUGUGACAUUUAGAAGGAUCAUAGUGAAAAACAAUGCAAAAAAGAGGAAGAUGUUUGAAUCAUUUAUUGAAUCUGUACCGCUCCUUAAAUCACUAGAGGUGUCAGAACGAAUGAAGAUCGUGGAUGUAAUAGGAGAAAAGGUCUACAAGGAUGGAGAGCGUAUAAUCACUCAGGGUGAAAAGGCUGAUAGCUUUUACAUUAUAGAGUCCGGCGAAGUGAGCAUCUUGAUUAAAAGCAAGACUAAAGCAAACAAAGAUGGUGGGAAUCAGGAGGUCGAGAUUGCCCGCUGCCAUAAGGGGCAAUACUUUGGAGAGCUCGCACUGGUCACCAACAAACCCAGAGCUGCUUCAGCUUAUGCAGUGGGAGAUGUCAAAUGCUUAGUUAUGGAUGUACAAGCAUUUGAGAGGCUUCUGGGGCCCUGCAUGGACAUCAUGAAGAGGAACAUCUCACACUACGAGGAACAGCUGGUGAAGAUGUUUGGCUCCAGCAUGGAUCUGAUCGACCCUGGGCAGUAGGUGUGCCACACCCCAGAGCCUUCUCAGUGUGACGCCAAAACCUUCCGGUCAGCCACAGAACACAAACAGAAAACGUGACAGAACUGUUCCUGCUGUUGCCACCGCCGCUGCCGUUGCCAUGGCCGUGGGCAUUUAGAAAACUUGAAAGUCAGCACUAAAGGAUGGGUAGAGGUUCAACCCACACCUCCACUUUGCUUCUGAAAGCCCAUUAUUAGACCACUUGUAAUGAUUACUCCAACCCAGUUUUCACAUCUUUGGUUCAAAAUGGCAUCUCUCCAACAAUUUAAGUGCCUGAUACAAAGUCCAAAGUGUAAACAUCUUCCUUUCCUCUUUUGCUGCUACUAUUGCUUUUGGAAGUUACCACAGGUUGGCACAAACCUGUUGUUUAACUGUAGACACCCUCCCCCAACCUUUCUCAAGGGAGGACAUGUUAUAGCCUUCCGUCUCCUCAUUUGUCCUUUGAGAAAGUCCACACUUGUUCACAGUUGUAGCCUUUGGUUUUACUGUUGAAAAUGGUGGCAGAUGUGAUGGAGGUCUGUGGUCCUGUGGCAUUUUACUGUCUUCUGACAGUGGCACACAUGAUAGCUGUCCCCAAACUCUCAGUGAUGCUUAGAGAAAGGCCCUGCCCAGGGCCCAGCAGGUCAGUACCCCAAAGCACACUGAUCAGACAUCAGAACCCACGUUAGAGCAGAAAAUUUAGGUUUGGCACAUUCUUCAGGUAGCACAGAGCCAAGGAAGGUUUUCUGGGUUGGAGGGGGGGUGGGGGUUGUUUUGUUUUAGUAGAUUUUGUUUUGUUUUGUUUUGUUUAAUCUCUGUGCAGUUUGCAUGAGUGAAUUGCUGUCCAUUUAUAAGAAGCUGGGGUCUAGGAGUGCCAUCACUGUAUCUGACCUAAAUACUUUCCUGGGCAGUCCUGCCCAUCUCUUGUUUCCAGUUGCUCCUACCAGCUGAUGGCAGUGUGCUGGCAAAGAGAGCCCUUUCCUUCUACUCCAGAGUUGUUACGUAGCUUUGCUAUUGAAACAUCAAUUUUUAAACUCUUUAAAGAAGAAGCAGCUAUUUUUUUUUUUUUUGAAAAAAAAAUUCUCUAGAGAAUUUCCCUUGGACAUAUUCAUAUAUCAGUUUGUCAGCUGACUGAGGCAUUCAUCUUAAAGAUCAACUGUUUUUGUUAGUUUUUAAAAAUCAGCACCGUUUACAAUUUCAUAGAAUUACUGCAAAGAGCUUUCUAAUUAAGAUGUUGGGAUAUUUGGGGUUCCAGUUGUUAAUCCCAGAGGAAAGUAAUUUAGCUUGUAUUUUAAAACGUUUUUAACCUUUUGAUUAUAUCAGGUAGAAUUCUGAUGGAAUUAUCAUAAUUAACUAGAUAUAUUUCAGAAUGAAUUGUUUUUCCUUCAGAAUGACCUAGAAUCAGAUGCUACAAGAGGUCCUCAGAGCAGUGUGAAAUUUACAUAAAGAUAAAUUUGGAAGUCAUAGCCAAGUUUAUAUUAAAUUAAGAGGCCCUUUCCAUUAUGAAUUUUUUUAACUUGUAUAUCUCAACAAAUCCCUAAGAGAUUACAUGCUGGGUCUUGAGUCAUUCCUGUUGUAGACAGUGAUGGAGCCCACAGGGUCACCUUCCAUUGUCCUCCUAAGCCAGGCUGUCUACUUUUGCCAUGGACAGUAUGGUCAAGAGAUUUUCAGAGUGGUCACCCGUCACAGCCUUGGUCAAUUCUCCCUUUUUCUUGUGCUCCAUGAAGUGAUAGCAGAAGGACUCUUUCAGACUGCCCUAGGUGGCCUGUGUUGCAGCUCUCAAAAUUGUGAAAGGUUGUAACUAAUACUCCAAAACAGGCAGCUAGCACUGGGAAAGUCUGUAUGGUUUUUCCCACGAUUUUCUGAGGUUCUUUUCUAUGUUGCUAUGUUUCUAUGGUGUUGCUCUAUUAUGAAAUAAAUUAAGGAAGCAGAUAUUGUACUUUAGCAGACAGGAACCACACCUGUUUUUCACACAGGUAACAGGUACAUUCGGCUUCAGGAGUGACACAGAGGUCUAGCCCCCAGACUGUGUAAGGACUCUGUUUAAACACUGAGUGGAUGCUCCCUUACACCCCCCACGCCAGCAUGAAUUAGGGCCAUCUGUGAACUCCGAGCCAGUCACUCCUGCAGGCUGCUAGGGAUGGGACUUCUCAUCCUGCCCACUUUCACAUCCCAGUUCAGUCUUCCCCUUCAUAGAAGCCUCUUUGACACCCCCAACUUACUGAUGGUUUCUGUUUUACAAAGUAGAAUUCAUCAGGUUUAAUUCUUCUUGCUCUAAGUGCGGAUUGACAUACGGAUCAUCAGUGCAGACCCUCACUGCAUAUAGGGCCCCUUGAGGGUCUGACUUGAGGAAGGGAGACUUUACAGGGACCAGUGUGAGUGAAAAGGACACAGCCAUUACCAAGGUGCCAGGAGUCUGACUGUGUUCCAAUUUUCUUUACAGCAUAGGGAAUUGAAGGUGACAGACCAAGUCUGACUCAGGACUCUGGUGUCCACAUUGUGCUGGGCAAGCCCUGCACUGAGAGUUGAGCCUCACAGGGAGGAGCAUGUGUUGGGAAGAGGUCUUUGAUAAUUGUUUUAUAUUGUUCUCUUCUAUAAUGGGUUAGAAAUUCAUGCCCUCUUUUCUGGCUUUGCUAUUGAUUUUGCAUGGUGGAGAAUGUUCCUGAGAGCCUUGAGGUCCAACCUGCAGUAUUAUUCUUCCUGCUGGCCCCAGUUUAUCACACCCACUUUCUUCUUUUGAUUGUAUUCUCUGAAGGAAGGGUUCAUCUGCUCUGUCCUCCUAGUCUGUAGUACUUAUAUAUAAAUGUGUUACGUAUAAUUGCAAUAGAUUUUCAGAAAUCAGGGUGGAGCUAUUCUUUGAACAGUUUAAUGAGCGAAUUCAACAGCAAAGUGUCAAGAAAUGAUUUCUCCAGCCAGGAGAGGUCAUGUUCAUCCUCUUAUUGCCUAGAUUCUCUAGUCACAAUGGUACAGUAGUCAGAGGUGCCACUGGCACCCAACAGCCCCUGGACACACAGCAUUUCCCUGUCCUGUCACAGUAUACAAACAAUCCUCUCGUUUAGGAAAAUUGAAAGAGCAUUUUUGCACAGAGAAAAAGGAAAAAGACCCAUGAAUGUCAUCUUUUAUAUUUUGUUUUCAGUUGGCUGAUGUUGAAAUUUUUGUUCUUGACUUGCACUUGUAAACCAGUCUUGCCAAGAUACAAGUUGUUUUGGUUUUUCACUACAAUUACCUCUUGUUCCUCCUGUCUUCACUGCUGACGUUCCUCAAUGAUUCUAAUGUCUAUUUUAUGGGAAGCAGCCUUCCCAUGGGUUUCCUUUUACACACUGCAGGGCUAUCUUUAUACUUAAAAGAAAAGAAAAAAGAAAAAAAAGAAAACUGUCACUAAACUCAUGGGGGAUUUGCAUAAAACCAUUUAGCCCACCUUGAGCAGAAGGUAGAGUCCUCGUUGUUUUCCUAAGCUCAUUGUAAUAAAAGAAAUCUAAUUCAGCAUUAUUGUGCUACCUCAAAGGUAAAAAUGUUUUAAGGUCUUUUUGGUCCUGAGUUCUACACAGUGUUUGAAAUGUCUUUCAAUUGGAAUUAUUUUUAAAUCAUUGGGGAGAUUCUUAUUUUAACCUGUUUUACACUUGUAUUUUAAUCUCAGAAGAAUAAGUGAUUAGAAAGCGAUCAAUUCUUGCCCUGUAGUAUUGAACAGAUAAUUAAAAUCAUUGUUUGCCAUAAACAAGGUUGGGUUUUUUAAAAGGAAACUCUAGGGCUCGGCUUUGCUAUUGGUUAAUAAAGGCUGACAAAUCAUGUCUGAAA